GAGUUAACCUGCAGCACUGCUCAGAAGAGCAGGGGCAGAGGAUAUACAAGCAUCCCGGAGCUCUGGCUUGCAGGGGAAUGACAUGCGGUUUUGAACAAGCAGCUGCCGCAGCAGGUCUGGAAGAACAACUUUCCUCAGCAGGUUUCGAAAAGUGUUUGGGACGUCUAAGCCCAGCAACCUACAAGGGGAAGAGGAACAAGACUCUGAGUGGUCAUUUGAUCUACUGAGAUGCAAACACUCUUUUGAGUAGUAAAAUCAGAAAUGGCCAAGCGUACUUUCUCCACAUUGGAGACAUUCCUGAUUUUUCUCCUUGUAAUGAUGACUGCCAUCACAGUGGCCCUUCUCAGCCUCUUGUUCAUUACCAGUGGGACCAUCGAAAACCACAAAGAUUCAGGAAACCAUGGUUUUCCUACCACCCAAACCUCUCCAGUUACGCAGGACACCAUAGCCACCCAAGCCUCUCCAGUUACUUGCACCCCAGAGCCACCUCUAUUUCAGAACUUCAGUGGCUACCAUAUUGGUGUUGGGCGAGCUGACUGCACAGGACAAGUAGCGGAUAUCAAUUUGAUGGGCUAUGGCAAAUCUGGCCAGAACGCUCGAGGCAUCCUCACAAGGCUGUAUAGUCGUGCAUUCAUCAUGGCGGAACCCACUGGACCAAACCGACGAAUAGUGUUUGUCAGUGUUGACAUAGGCAUGAUAUCCCAGAGACUCAGGCUGGAGGUCCUGAACAGACUGCAGAGUAAAUACGGCUCCCUGUACAGAAGAGACAAUGUUAUCCUGAGUGGCACUCACACACACUCGGGUCCAGCAGGAUAUUUCCAGUACACUAUAUUUGUCAUUGCCAGUGAAGGAUUUAGCAAUCGAACCUUUGAGUACAUGGUCACUGGUAUUGUGAAGAGCAUCGAGAUAGCACAUGAAAAUAUGAAACCAGCCAAAAUCUUCAUCAAUAAAGGAGAUGUCGAGGGUGUGCAGAUCAAUCGAAGUCCUACAUCUUACCUUAGGAAUCCACAGUCAGAGAGAGCAAGGUAUUCUUCAAAUACAGACAAGGAAAUGCUACUCUUGAAAAUAGUGGAUUUGAAUGGAGAUGACAUGGGCCUUAUCAGCUGGUUUGCCAUUCACCCUGUCAGCAUGAACAACAGCAACCAUCUUGUAAAUAGUGACAAUAUGGGCUAUGCAUCUUACCUUUUUGAGCAAGAGAAGAACAAAGGAUAUCUCCCUGGACAGGGACCAUUUGUAGCAGCCUUUGCUUCAUCAAACCUAGGAGAUGUGUCCUCCAACAUUCUUGGCCCACAUUGCCUCAAUACAGGAGAGUCUUGUGAAAAUGCUAAUAGUACCUGUCCUAUUGGCGGGCCCGGAAUGUGCAUUGCUAAGGGACCUGGACGAGAUAUGAUUGACAGCACACAAAUUAUUGGGCGGACUAUUUACCAGAGAGCAAAGGAACUGUAUGCCUCUGCCUCCCAGGAGGUGGCUGGACCACUGGCUUCGGCUCACCAGUGGGUGAAUAUGACAGAUGUGACCGUCUGGCUCAAUUCCACACACACUGCACAAACAUGUAAACCAGCAUUGGGCUACAGUUUUGCGGCCGGCACAAUUGAUGGAGUUGGAGGCCUCAAUAUUACACAGGGGAAAACAGAAGGGGAUCCAUUUUGGGACACCAUUCGGGACCAGAUCUUCGGCAAGCCAUCAGAAGAAAUUAAAGAAUGCCAUAAACCAAAGCCAGUCCUUCUUCACACUGGAGAGCUAUCAAAACCUCAUCCCUGGCAUCCAGAUAUUGUUGAUGUUCAGAUUAUUACUCUUGGGUCCUUGGCUAUAACUGCUAUCCCAGGGGAGUUUACGACCAUGUCUGGAAGAAGACUUCGAGAGGCAGUUCAAGCAGAAUUUGCAUCUUAUGGAAUGAAGAAUAUGACUAUUAUCAUUUCGGGUCUGUGCAAUGUUUAUUCACAUUAUAUUACCACUUAUGAAGAAUACCAGGCUCAGCGGUAUGAAGCAGCAUCUACAAUUUAUGGACCACAUACUCUGUCUGCUUAUAUCCAGCUCUUCAGAGGCCUUGCCAAAGCCAUUGCAACAGAUACAGUCGCCAACAUGAGCAGCGGUCCAGAGCCUCCAUUUUUCAAACAACUGAUUAUCCCACUGAUUCCUAAUAUCGAGGAUAAACCACCAAUAGGCAGAAAUUUUGGAGAUGUCCUAGAGCCAGUGAAACCUAAAUACAGAGUGGGAGAAGUUGCUGAAGUUACAUUUGUAGGUGCUAACCCAAAGAAUUCAGCAGAAAACCGGACCCACCAGACCUUCCUCACUGUGGAGAAAUAUGAGAACACUACAGCAGCGUGGCAGAUAAUGUAUAAUGAUGCCUCCUGGGAGACUCGAUUUUAUUGGCACAAGGGAUUUCUGGGUCGGAGCAAUGCAACCAUAGAAUGGCAUAUUCCAGACACAGUCCAGCCAGGAAUUUACAGAAUAAAAUAUUUUGGACAUAAUCGCAAGAUGGAGAUCCUGAAGCCCGCGAUCAUACUUCCAUUUGAAGGCAUUUCUUCCAUUUUUGAAGUUGUAACUACUUAGUGAAAAGUUGAUAUUUAUUUUAAAGACCAGCUUUACUCUGUAUGUACUGAUUGCACAUGAAUGUGAACUAGUAUUUGGACUUCUAUGAUCGCCCCAGUUUGGGGACAGAUAGUUUACUGCUAAUGGGACAGAGGAGUAUGUGUGUGUGUGUGUGUGUGUGUGUGUGUGUGUGUGUGUGAGAGAGAGAGAGAGAGAGAGAGAGAGAGAGAGAGAGAGGAGAGAGAGGGCAGGGAGGGAAAGAGAGGUGUGUCCCAUUCAUCUUACUACAGCGGCCAAGCACCUAGCAGUUCACAACCUAAAGCAUGAUUUCCCUGAAGGCUUUGUGAUUGUUUAAGGGACAGUUCUCUUCCAUACAAAGCCUCUGAAAUGUUAGUGAGAGUUUUUAAAGAUGUGUGAACAAUAUCUAGUCUAUUCGUUUAUAGAAUUAUUGAAUGUCAACACUGGAAGACUCUGCAAAAAUCCUCUAGAUUCAGCCUUCCUUUUAUGGAUGGAAAAAAUGAGAUUUUUUUUUUCCAUUUAAGAUUAGAAUAAGGUUAUAAGACCUUUCCUCCAAUUGCAUUUAAAAAUAUUAUGUAACCUUACAUAAAUGUAUGAGCUCGAUUAGAGAAACAGAAAAUUAGCAUGCCAGUUUUUAUACCCAAAUAAGCAUAGUCCAUCAAAGCAGUCACUCUGGAGUUGGUAUGCCUAGUUCAGAGCCGUUGAUGAUGCUCAAAUCAUUUCUGAAUUUCCUUCAGAGCCCAACUGUGAGAAAGUCAGACUUGCAAUAUUUUGAUCAUGCCUUUUAUUGCCUUAAGUGUCCUUAUCCUGCUGGAUUGUGUCUCUUAUUCCCAAAACUUAAUCUAAAUGAUUUUUGACUCUUUUCCAAUCAAAUUCACCCCAAACCACAAAGCUUUGUCAUUAAGAUGGAGUUUUCAAUGGGAGUUUUACUGGCUGGAAGGCAGUCCUCAAAGGUAGGUUCUAAAGUCUCUUAUCAAUUCUUUUAUCAGUUGCUCACUUGCUCAUUCACAUACUCACUUAUGGACCUUCAGGUGUAGAAUAUUUACUAAAUUUACAUGUCCAGCAUUGUCCUAGUAUUUGGACCUCACUAAUUAGUGAGAUUAUAUUUGAGACAAAAUAUGUGUUAAAAGAUAACUAUUUUGAGGGAGAAAAUUUUGAAUUUGAUACAUAAGUUCUGGAGAGACAUUUAAAAAUCAGAAGUCAUAAAAUUGCAUGUUGUGUUACUUCUGUGUUAGACAUUCUAAUUGGAGAGAAUAGAGGCUGCAGACAAUUUUGUAAAUAACAUUUUUAAAGUUAUUUAGGGGGCAUUGUGAAAUACCCAGCCGGAUGUUCCAAAGAAUGAAAAAUGAUAGUCUAACAUCAAUUGCCUGAAAGUACUAAUUGCAUUUAAAAUUAUCUAAGUUAUCUAGGAGCUCCCAGACUGCAAAGUAAAUUUCCAAACUCCAAGUCACAGAUUUUUGUAUGUGUGAAAAAGCUUUAACACUUUAGGACAAAAUCAACUUUUAUUUCAAAAACAAACUUUAAGAUUUAAUAAUAAUAAUAUUAAUAAUGAUAAUACUAACAUUCAUUUAUAUAUAGCUGAGCAACUCAAACAUGAUAAAUUGAAUUAGAAUGAACCUGGAACACUUUUUGAUGAAUCAGUACUCCAGAGGGUUUUUUAUGAAAGUCCACUGCUAAAGAAUUAGCUAAUGAGAAUUUCCAAGGCUUGUUAUCAUUUUUCUUAAUACCAUAUUUAGCAUAAAAGUUUAGGAGCCAAAAGAACAGGUGAUUCUGAAAGUAGUCAACCCCAACCAAAAUAAUAAUUACAUUAGAACUUAUGAUAUGGGUUUUUAAAGUAUUAAUCACUACUCAGAAGAAUUUAUCAGUUAUUUUCCAACAUCUCCAUUCCUCCUAUUGAAUAUGUUCUCAAAAAGUUUGAUUCCUUCUUGUUCAUGGGCAACUGUAUAAGGUGGUCUUUUUAUCACCUGUGAUCCUUCUGCCCCUCUGUUGAGUACUCUUGCUCCCACAUAGACAGACACUUAUUACCUCACUAGCUAUCACUUCUUCCAUCCCAUGUAGCUGUAUUUUUUGUGGUGCAUAAAAGUAAAACAGAAUUCCUGCAUUAUAGGUACACCUGAGCAUGAACCAUAAUAAUUCACCUGAGCAUGAAAGAAUCCCACUAAGUAUUUAAUCUGAUCUAAUAAUCUAAAAGCCGACUCAGUCUAUGUCUGUGACUGCUGUUGGGAAUGGCUCAUUGGAGCAUAACCAUGUGAAGGAAACUCCUAAAAAUGGCAGGCAGUGUGGAAAAUGGUGGGUUGGGUUGGAGGGAGAACUGUUUUGGAGAAGAUUUUGUUUCUCAUGUCAAAAUGUCUGUGUUUUAUUAGUUGUACUCUGCCUAUUCUGAUUUAAAUGAUACUGUGACUUCUGCAAAAAGCAAUGAAUGAUUCUUCCAGGUCUGUAUUUUUUCGAUGAGUAUUCUGUAAAACUGUUAAUAUUCAAUAGAAUAUUUAAUAAUAAAUUAAGAAUUACA